AUGUCCCUGAUGGGUCUGCUCGCCGCCCUUACCGUGUUCACCUCCCUUGCCAUGUUCGCCGCCCUUACCGUGCUCACCUCCCUGACCGAGUUCACCUCCCUGACCGUGCUCACCUCCCUGACCAUGUUCUCCUCCCUUACCAUGUUCUCCUCCCUUACCGUGUUCGCCUUCCUUACCGUGUUCGCCUUCCUUACCGUGUUCGCCUUCCUGACCGUUCUGGCCUCUGUGUGGACCCUUGUGGCCCUCUCCACCUUUCUCACCAUCACCACCCUCCUCACCUUCCUCGUCGUCGCCCUCAUCAUCAUCACCCUCGUCAUCCUCUUGGUUAUCCCCUUCGCCUUCAUCUUUUCCGCCUUCUUUGCCGUCUUUGCCUUCUCCGCCCUGCUUGCCACCCUCGCCACCUUUGCCAUGUCUGGUACCAUUUCCAGCUGCUUCGCCGCGAAGGACCAUAGUGGCUCUCUCGCUCUGGAAGCCAGGGACAGUGGCACGAGCGGAGACAUCGCUGUACUCAUUUUUACGAGACAGAGAGGCAUCUGCAUCAACACCUGA